AUGGUUGUGAUGCUCCAAACUGGGUUCUCAACGGCCGUAAACGCCAAGAUCAUAGGCUCAGGCAGCGAAGUCAUGGUUUUGGCUCAUGGGUUCGGAGGAAACCAGUCAUUGUGGGACAAAAUCCUUCCCGAACUCACUCGCCACUACCGGGUGCUGCUCUUCGACUGGACCUUUGCCGGUUCCAUCAAAGAUCCCAACUUGUUUGAUCCUCACAAGUACUCCUCCUAUUGUGGCUUUGCUGAAGACCUCAUCAAAAUCCUUGAUGAACUUGGCCUCACCUCCACCAUCUUCCUCGGCCACUCCAUGUCUGGCCUCAUUGGAUGCGUUGCUUACACUAAAAGACCUGACCUUUUUCAGAGGCUCGUUCUUCUCUGUUCUUCUCCCAGAUACAUAAACACAGAAGGCUAUGAAGGUGGUUUCGAGAAAUCAGACAUCGAGCAAAUCAUUGCAAGUAUUGAAUCCAACUACCAAAAUUGGGCCACGCACUUCCCUUCUCUGGUUGUGGACGAAGCCGAUCCUGUCUCAGUGAGCAGGUUUCAGAAAUGCUUGCAUGAAAUGAGGCCUGAGGUUGCAUUACCCUUAGCCAAGACUGUGUUCGGCGUUGACGAGAGAGACAUUCUUGAAAAGGUCGACAUUCCCUGCACCAUCGUACAGACUAAAACCGACAUUGUUGUCCCUGCCUCAGUGGCUGUCUUCAUGCAGAACAAAAUUAAGGGAUGUUGCACAGUCCAAGUUAUAAACACUGAUGGCCAUUUCCCUCACUUGACUGCACACCUUGAGUUGCUUCAAGUUCUUGGUACAGUCUUGGGCUUUUGACAAUUCAGUGUGAAGUGUAGUUAAUUAGUAUGGUUAUAGUCUCCUUUGUUUCUGCAGCAUAUAUAUGAAAAGAGUCUCCUUCGUCACUGCA